UUUCUCUCGGAGGAAGGAGCAGAUUUGCCAGCAUGGCGUUUACACUGUACACUCUGAUCCAAACCGCUAUUCUCUGCACUAAUGCUAUCGCCGUUCUGCAUGAGGAGAGGUUCCUCAGUAAGAUUGGCUGGGGAGUGGAUCAGGGAGUCGGAGGAUUUGGAGAUGACCCAGGAGUCAAAGCCCAGGUCCUGAAUCUGAUACGCUCUGUCCGGACUGUCAUGAGAGUGCCUCUAAUCAUUGUGAAUUCGGCCUCCAUUGUCCUCUUGCUGCUGUUUGGUUGACAGUGGUGCAAAAUGGAGCCAGAAGAUUAAACUAGCCAAGAAAACUUUCCACCAGAAUACCUCAUGGAGCUAUGAACUUUGUGGGCACAAUACUGCACAUCUUUAUCUAAAGAACUGAGAAAUGCAUCUUGGACACUCUGGACACUUGCUGUUGUCUUACAAAUGAUGUGCAAUGUUUUUAAGAGUGAAAAUCUAACAUGGGACUGAGAGUGGAUCAUGGUUUAUUAACCAGAUUUUGAAGGUAAACAUUGGUGUGAUACAGUUAUGGAAAUGAGUAAUACUGUCAUACUUACUACAGAAUUUAAGUUUUUGUUCAAUGUUUUGUUUUUUUUAUAGCCAAAAUUAAACAUGUUUACAUUUUAAGUCAUGUCUAUUCACAGACUAAAUUAUUGGACUGUUAUUCAGGUAGAGCAAGUACUAAAUAGACCAAACAAAGGCACAACACAUAAUAUGAAUUUGUUUCCUGUUUUUUUAUUUGUAAUCUGCUUGCUUUUAACUGCCAAUUUAACAAAUAUUUAUUAAAAUUUUAGUUUUAAAGCUCAAGGGUUAGAAGGGUGGAGGUAAAUCUGCUAGAAUUAAAGCAUAUGUUUAGCAGAGAUUAUUCAUAGUAAGCCACAAUGAGCUGCCAGUUUGGAAAGCAACACAAGCAGACAAGAAAUGCACUGUAUU